CCCCCUUCCGGCGGACGUGGCCGCUAGGGGGCGAGCGCGGGUGCGGCUACGCCGUCUCCCGCACAGUACCAGAAGAAGCCGUUACCAAGGCGGAGGACUCCAGACCUAAGGCGGAGGACUCCAGACCAUGGCCGCCUCAGGCCAGCUGGCGGGCAGGGCGCCACGGACACGGCCGCCAGCUGUCUCUAUACCUGCUUCCACAAAGCGGCGAAAGCCCAUUUUGCCAUACUGGUGUCCCCCGAAGAAGUCCCACCUGCCCCGGGCCGUACUGCGCUGGCUUUUAAGCAUGGAGCUCACUUAUUACCCUAAAAACAUUAACAGGGACUUUUCAAAUGGCUUCCUGCUUGCAGAAAUAUUCAGUAUCUAUUAUCCAAGGGAUCUUAAACUGAUUACUUUUGAGAAUGGAAAUUCUAUAAAAUCCAAAUUGGCUAAUUGGGCACAGCUAGAAAAGUUUUUUUCAAAAAAACAUUUCAAAAUACCCAAAGAAUUAAUUCAUGGGACACUUCACAGUAUACCUGGAGUACCAGAAAUAUUGAUACAAGAUAUCUACACGUUAUUGACAAAACAACAAAUUAAAAAUAUCCAAGACAGCUAUGUGAACUUCACAGAUUGUAACUACCAGAUCAAUUUGCCACUGGUGCUCAAAACAACAGCUUCGAAGUUUAUCAAGAAUAACAUUAGGUUAUCUGAAUUAUUGAGUAAUCCCAAUGUGCUCAAUCAUCAACUUAAAAUAAACUUUCUGUGUCUAUUACAAAUGUUACAAAGAAAACUCAGUAGGAAACUUCAUCCAACAUGGUAUGAUGUCAAACCAACAUUGGGAGAACUUUGUCUUGGUGAUGUGGAAAAGGAUAGCAAUCUCACAAAAAAUGCCUUGAUAAAGGAAAAAGUUGUUCCUGUACUAGAGAGUGACAUUGAAACCCAGGUUAGAGAAAUUCAUGUGAAACAAGCAGAUAAAGAGGCAUUUGGAAUCGGUGUUGAACAUAUCAAAAAUCUGGAAAAGAGACUUGAAUUAGAAUUUGUCAGGUUUGGAAAAACUGAUACCACACCAAAGAGAACCUGAUGGCCCAGACAGAUAUGUUGAAGCAAUGUGCAAAAUAAAUGGUGUUUGCAGGUUAAA